AUGGAUCUGAUGAAUCGAGUUUUUCAGACAUAUCUAGAUCAAUUCGUCGUGGUUUUCAUUGAUGAUGUUCUGGUGUACUCUAAGACCGAGGAUGAGCAUGACGAGCAUCUUAGAGUAGUGCUUCAUAUACUCCGAGAGAAACAACUUUACGCUAAAUUGAGCAAGUAUGAGUUCUGGUGGUUACGUGAGAUAAUUUUUCUGGGUCAUAUGGUUUUUACUGAGGGGAUUCGAGUUGAUUCGAGAAAGAUUGAAGCUAUGCUUAAUUGGAAGCAGCCUAAGAAUGUAUCUGAGAUUCGCAGUUUUCUGGGUCUUGUGGGAUAUUAUCUGCGGUUUGUCGACAGGUUUUCUCUAAUUGCAACUCCUUUGACUAAGCUUCUGCACAAGAGUGUUCCUUUUGUUUGGUCUGAUGUGCAACAAUUGAGCUUCGAGAAGCUUAAGUCUGUUCUGACUCAAGCUCCUGUUCUGAUACAAUCUAGAUCUGGUAAAGAGUUUGUGGUGUACAAUGAUACGUCGCACAUCAGUUUGGGAUGUGUAUUGAUCCAAAAUGGAUCAACUGCAAAUACAGAUGCAAGAACAAUUGGCCAAGAUCUAACAGGAUAUGAGGGAUUAGAUGUUAGAAUCCCAGAGAAGUAUGAUGAACCAGUUAGCACAGCCAUUGGCUGGAGGUCCUGA